AUGCUGGCGUUUGCAAGUCGGUAUACCGGCGCUUCCAAGUCUCCACCAAGCACAUGGGUACCACAGCAUACAUUGUUGGAUGCCACAUCCUCUAUCCCCGCGGGCAACUCGCAGGUGCAAAGGUGGAAUUACCGACCUAAAGCGUACCACAAAGGUUCCGACUCGAUAGCAUCCAUCCUGGCACUUUUGAGCAUACAGCUACGGACGCAAACCAAAUGCAUCGUUCACCGCCAUAUGCUGACGAGGUGGCGAUGCUGCAAACAGCAGUACCAGGCGCAUCCAAGACGCCCCCCAAGCCGACUCCCCACCUCGAAGAACAAGUACGCCUGCAACCCUCGUUUCCGAAACAUGAUCAAUGCGCCCAACCGCCAAAAACGUUCCCCCGCACCCAUCUUCUCCACUGCCCUUACCCAUUCUGGCUUCGUUCGACUAUGA